AUGGCUAGUUUUGAGGAAGAUGAGAUGCCAAGUCUGUCACAUCCCCAACAAUCAAUUGAAGUUGUUGAUUCUAAAUUUCCAAGGCUUGUGCCUAGGACUCGAAGUGUAUCAAUUUCUAUUCCUACGUCACUCACAGAGUCAUAUGAAAGAGAUACUAAUCUUGUGGGAUACACUGGUCCACUACAGAUUCAGAGAAUAACUCCAUAUGAUCAGAUGAGUGGUCCAUUACAUAUCACUAAUAGACCUGGAAACCUUUUCCGACGGUAUAAAGUGGCACCUGAGUCACAAGCAGAAGAAAAUAAGACAGAGAAUUUUUCUUCAUGCUGUGACAUGGGUGAAAAUGAUUUGCAGAACAACUAUGCUGGCAAGAAUGAACAUUUAGUUAGGUCCGGUCCACUGGGAAUGUGUAGUGAUCCAUAUUGUACAACUUGCCCAACUUACUUCAAGGCUACUCAGCAAAGUAAUUCAAAAACUUCGGGUAUAUUUAAUCCUAAGUUUGGCAAUACUCUUUAUGGGGAUGCGAGGGAUUGGGCCAAAAGACUUUUUACUUUCUUGGUUCCCCAUGUUCCUAGAGUUAUGAAUCCUCACAAUAAACUUGUACAACAAUGGAAUCAAUUUUUUGCAAUUUGUUGCUUGGUGGCAAUUGCUGUGGAUCCAUUAUUUUUCUAUUUGCUCUCUGUAAAGAAGGAAAAUAAAUGUAUUGUUAUAAACUUGGCUUUGACCAAAAUACUUGUUGCACUUAGAAGCAUGAAUGAUUUCAUACACUUCCUAAAUAUUGUUCUUCAGUUUAGGUUGGCUUAUGUGGUUCCUGAGUCUAGGGUGUUUGGUGCUGGGGAGUUAGAAGACCAUCCUAAGAAAAUAGCUCUUCAUUACAUGAAGACAUCUUUUUUUGUUGACUUAUUUGUUGUAUUUCCACUUCCUCAGAUAUUCAUUUUAUUUGUCCUACCAAAGCACUUGGAGACAGGGUCAUCAGGAGCAAACUAUGCAAAUAACAUUUUGUGUAUUGUGAUCCUUGUUCAGUAUAUUCCCAGAUUGUUUAGGUUUCUUCCUAUGCUACUUUCUCCAGCUGGACUCGUAUUUGAGUCUCCACAGGCCAAUUUCUUUAUAAAUCUUUUUACCUUUAUGCUAUCUGGCCACAUUGUUGGGUCCUGGUGGUACCUCUUUAGUUUGCAGGGUGAAGAAUCUGAAAUUAGUGAUGGAGAGGAGGAAAAAGGGGUAAAAUCUUCACCCUCAGGCAAUCUGUCAGAAAGAGGUCUCACUUCCAAUGAGGAGCUAGUGACUGUCCAAGUAGAACUUAAGGACAUAUUCAGAGUACCUACAGGCUUACCUCCCAAGAGAGCUUGUGACCAUGCUAUCACUCUCAAGGUUGUCAUAUUAAGCACCCUUAGGCAAUGUGUCAGAAAGAGGUCUCACUUCCAAUGA